CUUCCUUCCGCCCCAACCGAAACCCCCCUACAAACCUCCUCGCAGGGGCCAAACUCAGCCUCCCCCCACCCCAAGCCACGAGAAAACAGAGAGAGAGAGAGAGAGAGAGAGAGAGAGAGAGCGAGAGCUCCGGAGAUGUCGGCGGACGAGUUGCGGCUGGACCUGGAGGAGCUGCGGCGGCUGGAGGGCCUCGCCAAGCGCCCCCGCGUCGUCUCCCUCCUCUCCAACGAGAUCCGCAGCGUCGACGCCAAGUUGGCCUCGCGGGCUGCGCCUGUGCCGACGCCGGCGCCGCGGGCGGUCGCCGCGGCGGCGGCCCCUGCCGGUCUGAGCUAUGUCACGCUGGGGUCCUUCAGCUGGGACCAGGACAAUGAGAAGAUCAGGGUCUAUGUAUUCCUUGAGAAUGUCGACCAAGAGAAGGUGGAGACUACAUUCAAGCCAAUGUCAGUGGAUAUCAAGUUUCAUGAUGUUAAAGGCAAGAACUAUAGGUGUGCCAUCCCAAAACUGAACAAAGAAAUAGUUCCUGAGAAAUGCAAAAUUGUGGUCAAGCCUACGAAGAUUGUCAUCACCCUGUGGAAAGCUUCUACCGGCAAUUGGUUGGACCUACACUACAAGGAAGACAAGUUUAAGCCAAGCAUGGACAAAGAGAAGGAUCCCAUGUCAGGAAUUAUGGAUUUAAUGAAGGGCAUGUAUGAGGAAGGUGAUGAAGAUAUGAAGCGCACAAUAGCCAAAGCGUGGUCUGACGCCAGAUCUGGGAAGACGGCUGAUCCAAUGAAGGGAUUGCCUUGAGCUGGUGGUAGUUUUGGUCCGAGAGCUGCUAUAUGUGCUGAGCUAGUCCGUGCAUUCAGUGUGGUUUACUAGAGUAGUGUCAUGAGUAUCGGCAUCGCAUGUGUGGAAUCGAUGUCUGUCUGAUGAUGAUGGAGUGCUCGUUUCCUCCGGUGUUUGAUUGGCCUAAUUUGCACAUUCUCGCAUUUGAACUGAGAAAAGAUGAAUGCAUAUGCUUGUGCUAUGAGAAAGAGAAUGUGUAUUUGUGGGAUUCA